AUGGGUGGCGGCUCUUUAGACGAUUCUUGGGGGAAAAGGGAUAGCAACAUGGACAUGACGAAUGACAUAUACUUGUUCGACCCGAGCCUCGACGAUGUGACAUCUGAUUCUUUGCGAACGUUGCUGAAUUGGGGAGAUGGACCGGGAAACUCCAACAAGGGUAUUCAUCAUGACGAUUAUCAGUUUGAGUCCGCCCUCCGAAAAUAUACGGUGGCUUUGGACUCGCAGCCGAGCGAGCUCGUGACUUUCAACCCAGGCAACCUUGCCAGCAUCCAUGCACCGUCCGAUCCAGAGGAUGCCAGCCCACAGUCGGCGAGUUCUGGGCACACAUCCCUGACUGAGGGAUCAGUGACUACAGCGGCGACCGCGGAACACGAUCCCCAAGCAUAUACCAAUAGCGAGAAAAACAGCACUUGCACCAGCGUCCACGGAGAGGAACUUCUUCAUCUCACCAGCGAGGGAAGCCAAGACUAUAUCCGCAUUCAUUCGAGCGACAAUGACCUUGCUUUAAUUGUUCCAGCAGUUCCACCCUCUACUUGCCAUGGGCCCAUUCCCCCCAGGACUCAGAUCCAAGGGCCUGCUGUCAAUCACCCUUACAUUACCCCGGUAUGGGAACCACCUGCCGCCCUUCCUCAACCUGCAUUGCAGAAAUUUCGCACUGCAUCUCAUCAAUAUCCACCACAAGAAAUACAUUUCAAUCCUGCUCAACCUGCACCACCGAAACUUUCAGCUGCAUCUUUUUAUGCAUCCAACGGAUACCCUGCUACCAAUGCAUUUUCUCAAUUUGCAUCCCAAGCACCAACCUCGACCGUUUCCAACCUUCAAAACAACCACUGGGAUUCAAAAUUCGUCUCAACUGUCUCGGCUCCCGAGAAAACCGCAAACAAGAACACGAUCGUGUUCAUGGAACCCGAAGUACCCAUCGACUUUGUUGUCAACCCGAAUAAUCAUGGCCGCUGGAAGCUCGACAGCUAUGGAAACCGGACAUAUCUGAAUGCCCCCAAAGUAAAGCAGGCAUGCGUUGAGCGCAAGUGA